GCUCUUGCUCUGGCGCAGGGUCUGGAGGGAUAUCUCCUUGUGCUUGACUUGGACCGGCGACCGGGUGUCAGGACCGUCUGGGAUGUAGACGUCGACAAGGUCCUGAGAGUCGAAUGCGUGAACGAGGCCUUGACAGGCAGCCACGUUGGAUGGGGGGAGGACAGGGAGGGACAAGAGGUCGAAACUGAGGUCCCUAGGGCAGCAGAGGCCGGCUUAUAUACAGGGGAAGAUGAGGGCAGGCUGUGCGCACUGGUCCGUGUGCACCUGGUCCGUGCACAGCAUGCUGACGCGGCCCCAGGGGCCGGUGAGUCCGAGAGGCUGUGUCAGCGGAGCCCGAGCUGUGCCGCGCACUGCCGCCCCAUCUAA